UUUCUAAACUUCUGGUAAUUGGUUGCCGAGUUACAAUUUGCGGACAGCCUUCAAAAGCACCACUGGGCCCUGGCCAGACAAAAGUCUCGGAACUCCUGCAGUUUUCUGGAAAGUGCUACGAAGCUGUGUCAUCCUUGCAUAACCGUGACGUCCAUAGCCUGUCCAUCCUGAAGCAGUGGUCCGUCGCUUGUGCUUGAAAACAAGUCAUACAAAGAGUCAUAACAUAGGUAUGCAGGCUGUGCGUAUGGUACCGGGGCAAGCUGACCAUUCUCAAUUGAAUAAAUAGCAGAGGUCUCCCCGACAUCUUUUUCUCUCAACUUCAAUACUGCAACAACUUGAAUGUCUGGGCCAUACGUCUACACACAACCGAUAUACGAACCUCCUCCAUAUUAUACCCAUCCGUACACUCCCCAGCGAUCACCUUUCAUUCCUCCCAUUAGUCUAUUCCCACCUUCUCCCUCAUCACCUUACGCCGAACUUCCUGGAACGCACGCUUCUUUCUAUCCUGAUGGAUACCGUCCCCGUCGUCCUCCAUCUUGGCAUGGAGGGAUGGCUGCGCUCCCUCCCAGUCCCUCCUUUUUAGGGGUUCCACUGCCAACCCAUAACCGGCGACAUUCAUUCGGCAAUGGCAAUCACUCUCCUUGGCAAUUCCAGACGUCGUCGCAGCAAUUCCAGAUCCAUCCGCUUCUUAACGGAGAAGCUUAUGUAUCGGAGUUCUACUUCGACAUUGCUAAUCCAGCUUUCGCGCCAUUGCGCAGAGUUGGUCCAAACCACACGGCUAUGGUGUCCGUUGAAGAACUAAGGGAACCUGCUACAUUCCCAACCAUCACCCGCAUGCGUAUCACGCAUGAUGCCAUUCCUCGAUGGCCUAUUGACUUGGAGCUCGUUCAUGGCGAGUACGAUACCUCGGGUGCUCUGCCCAUAACAGUUGGCGACGUUUUGUGGAUGAUCCAUUCUUCCCUGCACCGCCAAAUAUCACACUCUGACUGGGCCCAGCUCAGUCAGAGUCAAGAAACUGCAAUCGCACGAGCCUACACCCGCAGAUACAGAAGCAUCCCUUCAUCUGCUCAGCUCGAAGCAAGUCAAGGAGUCAAACGGAUUGACUAUUUGAUGGAAAGACAUGUCUUCAGGGGACUUGUCAGAGCUCACGACGAAGAUGGUUUGUUCCAUUGGAAGUUGUUGACAUGAAUGUCGCCGCCCCUUGUAACCCGCUCCGGAUCCCUUUGUACCAAAUCUGUCAUAAACAUUCUUUGUUCUCUAUUGCCUUGGUUCCCCAUUGAUUUAUGUUGUAACGAUCUCAUAUAUAUACCCAGCCUCAAGGUCUACCUUUUCCUAAAAUCACCACUCAUCUAUGUUUGUCAG